AUGUCAAAAUUCCGUCCCGUUAGCGCCGUCAUUUUCGACAUGGAUGGCACAAUUCUCGCUACCGAAGCCGUUAUUGAAGGCGUUUACCGCGAAAUUUGUGAAAAAUUCAAAAAAUCCUUCGUCUCAGAUGUUCGCUUAAAAAUCCUGGGAACCACAGAACAAAAUUCCUGUCGAACUGUCAUCGCGGAUUGCCAAUUACCGUGCAGCGAAACGGAUUUUAUGCGCGAUUAUAAAUCCCUAACUCUCGAGAGACUUGGAAAUUGCGAAUUACUGCCCGGCGUCGAACGAUUAAUUCGCCAUUUGCAUUCCAAGGGGAUUCCGAUCGCCAUUGCCACAAGUUCAAGCAAAGAUUCGGUCGCAGUUAAAACUGCCAAAUACAAGGCGUUGUUUGAUCUUUUUCAUCAUGUCGUCACUGGAUCAAGUGAUCCCGAAGUCAAACACGGAAAACCGGCGCCAGAUAUUUUUCUCGUAGCGGCAAAAAGAUUUGCGCCAUCUAUAGAUCCGAAAGAUUGUUUGGUGAUCGAAGACGCGCCAAAUGGCGUCAAAGCUGCAAAAAUGGCGGGAAUGCAAUGUGUCAUGGUUCCGGAUAAAAAUUUACCGCAAGAUCUUCAAAAGGAAGCGGAUUUGGUACUAACAACUUUGGAAGAUUUCAAACCGGAGGAAUUUGGUUUGCCGCCAUUUUGA